UCUCGUGAAUCUAUCCAUAUAAAUAUAAUUUUGCUAACCAGAGACAGAACUUCGCAAAAUAAAGUAGAAAUUUCAGUGAGCAAUUUGUGUUUUAACAGUUAAAAGCUUAAACAUUAAUAAAGUAUCAAUACCAAUAUCGACAGACAAUAAAUUAAAGUGAGAAAUAUGGGUAAAAAGAAUAAAAAUAAAACAGGUGGAGGACAAAGCAGCGGUGAACCUGCACCAACUGGACCUACGCCACCACAGGGACAGCAGCGGCAACCACCGCAGCAUGGAAUGCCAACUAGUAGUGGAUCCGCUUCAGCACAACAAUCACAGCAAUCGCAAAGACAACAAGAGCAACGACCAAAGCAGCAGGAGCAAUUAAGUGGUCAACAACACCCACAGCAGCAGAAGCAAGCACAGGGUCAACAACAACCUCAGGGACAAAAACAACAACAGAAGCAAGCACGGGGUCAACAACAACCACAGGGACAACAACAACAAGAACAGCAAAAGCAAGCAAGGGGUCAACAACAACAGUACGAGCAGCAGGAGCAAACAUGGCGUAAACAACCACAGGGACAACAACAACAAGAACAACCACAACCACAGGGACAGCAACAACAACGGAAGCAAGCACGGGGACAACAACAGCCGCACCAACAACAACAACCACAGCUGCAGGAGCAAGCACGGGGUCAACAACAACCACAACAGCAGAAGCAAGCACAGGAACAACAACCACAACAUCAGAAGCAAGCAUGGGGUCAACAACAACCACAACAGCAGAAACAAGCAUGGGGUCAACAACAACCACAACAGCAGGAGCAACCACAGCAACGGAAGCAAGCACGGGGUCAACAACAACCACAACAGCAGAAGCAAGCAAGGGGUCAACAACAACCACAACAGCAGAAACAAGCAUGGGGUCAACAACAACCACAACAGCAAAAGCAACCACAGGAACAACAACAACCACAACAUCAGAAGCAAGCAUGGGGUCAACAGCAACCACAACAGCAGACGCAAGCAUGGGGUCAACAACAACCACAACAGCAGACGCAAGCAUGGGGUCAACAACAACCACAACAGCAGAAGCAAGCAUGGGGUCAACAACAGCCGCCACAACAACAAGAAUUUAAACAACAGCCCAGUAGCUCAUCCUAUACACAAUCUUCUGGAGCUGUCCCGAAACAGGCAGGCGAACAACCUUCACCGCAGAGACAGACUCCUAUUCAAACAGCAUCGCAAACUGCAUCAUCACGAUCAUCGCGUACAAGCCUUUCCCAGUCUUCUUCAUCAACUUCUAUUACAUCAUCUACGUCCCAAAAAAGCAUACAACCCGGCACUUUGGGCAUAAAAGGUGAAGUUGAAGCUAAUUAUUUGGUUUUGAAUUUAGGCAAAAUGCCUGAUAUAGCAUACCAUUAUGACGUUACUAUUACACCGGAUCGCCCUAAGAAAUUUUUCCGAAGUGCUUUCAAACAGUUCAUAAACACUCAUCUGCCUGGUCAAACCGUCGCUUUUGAUGGCGUUAAGAGUUGUUACAUGGUAGAAAGGUUACCAAAUCCAGUUUAUGAAGGCGAUGUUAAGAUAGCAGAUUCCGGUUCGAGGCAAAUACAAUUUAGAGUUUCUAUUAAACUCACAGACAAUCCCGAAGUUGAGCUGCGAUCGUUAAAAACUUACCAUAAUGAGCGUGUGUUUGACAAACCAAUGCGUGCCCUACAAUGUAUUGAGGUUGUUUUAGCAAAUGAUUGCCACAACAAAGGUAUACGAGCGGGUCGCUCCUUCUUUACGCCACCUAAUAAAACAAUGGACCUCGAUGAGGGCUACGAGUUAUACACAGGACUUUACCAAGCUGCUAUAUUGGGUGAACAGCCUUAUUUAAAUGUAGAUAUUUCACAUAAGUCAUUUCCUAUGCCGUAUGAUUUGAUUACUUAUUUGGAGAGUGUAUUGAAUUGUAAUAGACAAUCCAAUUUAGACCCAAGGAACUUGCAAAGACUAUCUAAGCACUUGAAAAAUUUGAAAGUGGUUUAUAACCCACCUCCUAGUUUUGGUGCUGGUCCACGCUCUUAUAAAGUAAACGAUAUCAGUAGAGAACCCGCUGCCACUUUGUCAUUUACCACUGACAAUGGAGAAAAGUUUACCGUUCAAAAAUACUUCCAAAGCCGUGGUUAUAAUUUGAGAUACCCUAAUUUAAACUGCGUAGUGGCGGGAUCAACAAUAAGGCCGAAUUAUUUGCCGAUGGAAUUAUGUAGCAUUGAAGCAGGACAAGCCAUCAGGAGAAAAGAUGGAAGCAGGCAAGUUCAAAAGAUGAUUCGAUUCGCAGCAACAUCGACAGAUGAACGUAAACGAAAAAUUAUGCAAAAGCUCGAGUAUUUUAAUAUUAAUGCGGAUCGCCUCGUACAAGCCUUCGGUAUUAGCGUCGGCGAACAAUUUAUAAAGGUACCAAUGAGGUUGCUGAAAGCACCAGCAAUUGAAUAUCACUCGAGCAAAUACGUAGAGCCUCGUAAUGGCUCGUGGCGCAAUUUACCGUUUUUGGAAACCGGAGCAGCUUUCAAAAAAAGUGGUCAUAAAUGGGCUAUCAUAUAUACUCCAUCCAGAUUUUUGAAAUAUCCAACUUUAAUGGAUUUGGCAAACAUGUUAUAUAAUGGAGCCAAACGAAUGGGAAUAAACUUGGAUGCCCAAAAGGACAUAAAAGAAACAGGAAAUAUUGUUGCAACUUUAGAAGAAUAUAAAAGAAAUGAUUACGAUUUGGUUAUAGUUGUAAUUCCCGGCUUUGGCACCUCGUAUGCUGAUAUUAAACAGAAAGCCGAACUAGUUUGUGGUCUUCUAACUCAAUGUAUCAAAGAGCAGACUUUAAAUCGUGGUGUGAACGAUAUGUUGAUCUCGAAUUUGCUGCUAAAAGUAAAUUCAAAACUAAAUGGAUCCAAUCACAAAAUAUCGGCUAAUCAUCACGUUGUACUUGACCACGUAAUGUUUAUGGGCGCUGAUGUCACUCAUCCAUCACCCGACCAAAAUAACAUACCAAGUGUCGUCGGUGUGGCAGCCUCGCACGAUCUAAAUGGCUCUGUUUACAACAUGCAAUACCGUUUACAGGAGCCAGCAAAAGAAGAGAUCGUUGACAUGCGAACCAUUGCUUAUCACCAUCUAAGAGUAUAUUUUCAAAAACAGAAAUGUUAUCCUAAGAAUAUUAUAUAUUAUCGCGACGGUGUAUCAGACGGACAGUUCCAAAAGGUGGAGAUGCUAGAACUUGGUGCUAUACGGGCCGUAUGCAAAGAGUUGCGUAUUACACCUAAAAUAACUUGCAUAAUCGUGGUGAAGCGCCAUCAUACUCGCUUUUUCCCUACAAAGCCGACUGGGGAUAAAUGGAAUAAUGUUCUACCUGGGACGGUAGUUGAUCAGAAAAUCGUACACCCAAACGAGACACAGUUCUUUAUGGUAAGCCACCAGUCCAUUCAAGGUACAGCAAAACCUACACGUUACAAUGUGAUUGUGGAUGAUGCCAAAAUGUCUAUGGACGAUUUGCAAAAGAUGACCAACAACUUGUGUUACAUGUUUCCUCGUUGUAAUCGCGCAGUUUCUUAUCCGGCACCAGCAUACCUAGCCCAUUUAGUUGCAGCACGUGGUCGUGUUUAUAUUGACGGACCACCACUACGGCGAGCACUACCUGAGGAAUACAAAAAGCGCUUGAUCAAUGAGAGGUUUAUGAAUACCACGCCGAUGUUCUUUGUUUAAAUGAGAAAUGAAAUUACGGAUUCUCAUUCAGAUACAUAAAAUAAUCCGAUAUACAUAGCUUAUGAUUAUUGUUUAUAUAUAGGGUUUUUCAGUAAGAGCGCUUCAACUUUUGAACUUUUUUUGAAUAAAACACAAACGGUUUGACUUUUUUAACUAUUUUUUUUUUUUAUUAUCGAGUUUGAACAUAUACAUUUAAGUAUGAAAUUCGAUUUCUUUUGCAUGACCACCGCGUGCACGUUUUACGAAGUCCAAUCGUUGAACCCAAUUUUCGACCACUCUUUUGCAUAAAUCGGCCGAAAUUCCAGCAAUUUGCGUUCAAUAUUGGCUCUAAGCUCACAAAUCGCCGCCGGUUUGUUACUGUUGACCAAUGACUUCACAUAACCCCAAAACGGGACGGCUUGUUAAAUGGACCGUAAAAUGGCCGUAAUGCUCUUAAAGUAGCAGCAACAGAACGAUUAUUUUCAUAAAAAUUUUGCACGAUUUGCAAUCGUUGCUCAAGUGUGUAGCGUUCCAUGAUGAAAUGUAUACUAAUGAAGUUUACAAAUGACAAGCGAAAAAUAAAAAAUAUUGCGUCGUUCGCCCUCCCUAUCGGAAAAAAGUUGAAGCGCACCUAUUGAACAACCCUAUAUAUUAGGCCGGGUCGAUUUGUGGGGAGGCAAAAAAAUCGCCCAUUGCUCUGUGAAAAUCAUAUUCUAGGGAUCAAAAUAAGAAACUUUGCCGAAGGAACCAUACCUCUAAAACGAAUUCUGAUGUCCCCCAAUUUGGGUCGAACUUUUUAGUUUCUUUUCUCAUGUAAAGGCCAAAAAUGGUGAUAUUUUGAAAUGAUUGUAUGGGGGACCCCCAGGGGAGUUCCAGGGGGUGUGCCACUGGCAUGGGUGGAUCGGCCGUCCAAAGUUAGUGGGGGUCGGUCAUACAUUUGGACUCGAUUGGAGCACUCUAAAUGGGUCAAAGUGGGAUUUUUCGUUCGACCCAAAUUGGGGGGCAUCAGAAUUCGUUUUAGAGGUAUGGUUCCUUCGGCAAAGUUUCUUAUUUUGAUCCGUAGAAUACGAUUUUCACAGAGCAGUGAGCGAAUUUUAAAUCGACCCGCCCUAAUAUAUAUAUAUAUAUGGGAAAUUCUACAAAAUAGUGUUUGAGCACCAAAUUUUCAUUUAGUUCAAUAGUUUUCCCCAAAUAACCGAUGCUUUUUUGCAAAAAAAAAACUUAUUUUAUAGUCCAACACACUUGGUUUCAGACGGGCUUAAUUUUUCGAAAGAAAUAAUAUUCAACUCCAAAUAGCGCUUUCUACCAAUUUGGCCUUUUCACCUUCCAUCUAAUUGGGCAGUAAAAAUUGAACAGGCCACUAUCUUUACGUUUAUCUAAAUUUUCAUAAACCACGGAAAUGCUGCUAUCGCAGCCCGAAUAGAGCCCCUAUAUGCUCAUAAUAUUAGGGCCUCAAAUUCCCUGUUCUCAAUUAUAAAGGGUCUUUCAAAAGACGCGACUAGUUGCUGUUUUAAAAUAAAAUACGUAAAUUUUAGAUUCUUUCAGGUUUCACUAUUUUUAUUUAAAAUACGGCUCCUAACAAUUAUAUGUGAAAAAUUACACAAUUUGAAUGUCUACCUUGAGCACGUCUUCAAGUAAAAUGCCCCAAACAGUCGAUUCAUGAAUGCCAAAUUGUUGAGAUAUCGAUACUGAAGAUUGUUCAGCAACACUUUGUACCUCAGCAGCAAUAUUCUCAACAGAACAUCCAGUUUUAGUUAGUCCUUUUCCUAUCCGAAAGAGAACCAGUUUCUUGAAAUUUGUUCACCAAAUUUGGAUUGUCUACGCAUUCGGAUUUUUCACCAAAAAAUGACGAAUUUUGAUGUCGUUCUUAAAGAUCGACCAUUUUCAUAACAAGUUUUAAUAAUUUGAAUGCGUUGUUCGAUCACCUAAAAUUGAACAUCUGUCUACUUGAAAUGUAUAAAAAACGUUCCGCAUUUUCGCUACUGGCAUCUGGGCGUCACUUUUGAAAUACCCUUUAGUUAAGUAAUUGGCCAAAAAAGUUAAUAAUUGAAAAAAAAAAAAAACUAUUAUUGAAAAUAACAAUUUUAACAAUAAAUUUUUGCACUCAGUUAUAUUUUUUCUAUUUGGCAAUAACAAGACCUUGAUAAAACUAAUUCAAUCUUUGUAUUAUUACGUAUUUGCAUUAUUCACACGUAUAAAGCGCCUGUGCUUAUUUGUUUUAUUUCCAAAGUACGUAAUAAAUUUACCAAGUGCUGUA